UCUUCAAACUUUAGUAUCAACUUUAAGCAAGGGAUUUGACAGACAGAGAGGCAGAGAGAAUCACAAAUUUUGCAUUGUUUUCUGGAGUUUUUAGGGUUUCUUUUGGGCUAUGGAUUCAACUCAUGAAGAGGUAAAACACAAGAAAAGCAAAGUGGGCUGUGAAGAUAAUGAUCACAUUGGUUAUGGCUUGAGAGAAAACCCCAAGAAAUCUCGGAAAUUUCAAGGUUUUAAAGAAGUUGUUACUUCUGCUUCUGCUUCUGCUUCUGCUUCUGCUUCUGCUGUUUCUGCUUCUUCAAUGGAAGAAGCCAAGUGUAAAGUGUGUGGCAAAGGGUUUGAGUCAAUGAAAGCGCUUUAUGGUCACAUGAGGCAUCACUCUGGGAGUAGCAGGACAAGAAUUCAGUGCAAAGAAUGUGAAAAAUCGUUUCUUUCAUUGAAAUCUCUGACCAAUCAUAUGAGGGUUCACGCUCAGAAGUUGAGUGUUCAUACUUCUCAGUCAGAGACUACUAGUUCAAGGCGGGAUCUUGUUGUGGAAAGCUUAUAUUUGAAGAAAAAGAGAUCAAAGAGAAUUAAGAGGUACAAAUCUAUUAAUGCAAGUUGUUCGAUUUCUAGCUUGAAUGAAUCUUUGCCAUCUUUUAGUGAAACUGAUGAUCAAGAAGUAGAACAAGUGGCUGUUUGUUUGAUGAUGUUAUCUAAGGGAGUUCAUAAUUGGGGUGAAUUACAUUCGUUUAGUGAGUUUUCAGAUGAUGAUGAUCAAGCUGUGAGUUUUGAUGUAAAGUCAUUGAAUCAGAAGAAGAGAAAUUUGACAAAUGAUGGCGACGAGUCUUUGGAGAUGAAGAAGCCUAGAGAGGAGAAGUUAGAUGCUUGUGCUUCAGAUUCUUUGGCUGUUUUGUAUGAGCAGAUUGAAAAGAACGAUGAUGGAUUGGAAGUUUGCGUGGAGAGGUUAUACAAGGGUAGUGAAUUUGAGAUGCCUAAAUUGGAUACCAAAUCUGAAUUUGUAUCAUAUGAUACUGAGAUUGAAAAGGGAGUUGUGUUUGAACUGAAAUUCGGGUCAAGUGAAGUAGAAUCUUGCGAGGAUUCAAUGGAAGAAGUUGGAUUGGGAAUCAUGAAAUCAAGUUCUUCAAGCAAGAAAGUCAGUUUUGAUGCUUGUGAUUCUGAAUUUGGGUUUGAUUCGUGUAACAAGGUAAAGUGCAGUAGUCCAGAGUCUGAAAUGGUGGAUGAUUCUGGUGAGAAAUUCAGAAUCGAGUGUAAAACCUGCAACCAAAUGUUCCAUUCUCGCAAAGCGCUUGGAGGCCACCAAAGGAAGCAUAGCACCAGAAAAGUCUGUAAAGCACAGAAGAUUGAAAGCUGGGAAGAAGAGAACCAGACUGGCGCGCCUAAAACUGAAGCUGACUGUCAGCUGGUGAAGCUUGAAUGUAUAGAGAAUCUAAUGGAAGGCAAAACCAGUGGACUAGCUGUUAAGGAGCACAAAUGCCCCAUAUGCUUUAAGGUGUUCAUAACAGGGCAAGCAUUGGGUGGCCAUAAGAGGGCUCACAUUCAGAAGAACUCUGAAACUAGGCCACAAGAGAUUGCAAUGAGCCAAGACCAUUCUACCAUCUCUGAGGCACUGGAUAUUAAUAUCCCAAUAAUGGUUGAUCAACAAGAAAAUGGUGAUGUUGGGUUCAAGCAAUGGUGGGUUUCUGAGCCACUAGUGGCCAACUAAGAAAGUGAUGCCAUAUGUAGUUUCUGCAGGGUUCGAAUUGUGUACAGAGACACAAUAAAGAAGAUUUGUUACUUUGUUCGAAGUAUAGAGAUUAGAAGUGACAAUUACUGACCCAAGUCUAGUAUUUUCUUUUGCCUUUUGAACUGAUGAGUUAGUGUCUCCAUUGUUUUGAACUAGUAAAGCUCAUUAGUAAUUUUUUUUUUUUCUCUUUGGAUUCUUGAUACUGUAAUUGGAAAUUGUUGUCCUUUUACAAAAUAUAUAGAAACUAGAAAAGGGAUGGAUGA